AUUGACCUGGCCGGCCACGAACGAUACCUGAAGACCACCGUAUUCGGGAUGACGGGGCACGCGCCAGACUUUGGCAUGCUUAUGAUUGGAGCGAAUUCGGGAAUCGUGGGCAUGACCAAAGAACACCUCGGUCUCGCGCUGGCCCUCUCGGUUCCAGUUUUUGUCGUCGUGACCAAGAUCGACAUGUGUCCGCCCAACAUCCUGCAGGACAACCUGAAGUUGUUGUACAAAAUUCUAAAAUCGCAAGGCUGUCGCAAAGUGCCAGUGAUGGUGAAGACGAGCGACGAUGUUGUGCUGAGUGCCACCAACUUCGUCUCGGAACGGUUAUGUCCCAUCUUUCAAGUAUCGAACGUGACGGGUGAAAAUUUGGAGCUACUGAAAAUGUUUCUCAACCUGUUGAACGUGCGCACCACGGGCAACGAUGCGUUACCAACCGAGUUUCAAAUCGAUGACACGUACGCCGUACCGGGCGUCGGGACGGUCGUGUCGGGCAUUACGUUACAAGGAAUCGUAAGGUUAAACGAUACGCUGCUGCUUGGUCCCGAUCCCCUGGGCGCUUUCCUGCCGAUCACCAUCAAAAGUAUUCACCGGAAGCGAAUGGUGGUGCGUGAGGUGCGAAGCGGACAGACGGCGAGCUUUGCGUUGAAAAAAAUCAAACGCUCCCAGAUCCGCAAGGGGAUGGUAAUGGUGAGCCCGGCCCUGAACCCGCAAGCCUGCUGGGAGUUUGAUUGCGAGAUUUUGGUUCUGCACCAUCCUACGACCAUCUCGAGCAAGUACGGCCGUUGGUCGGCCAUGGUGCACUGCGGGAGCAUCCGGCAGACCGCACAGAUUCUGCAAAUGUCCAAGGAGUGCCUCCGAACAGGCGACAAAGCGGUGGUGCGGUUUCGGUUCAUAAAAAAUCCGGAAUACAUGAAACCCGGACAGCGGAUGGUGUUCCGUGAGGGACGCACCAAAGCGGUAGGAAACGUACUCCAGCCAUUGUACACCCCGGGAAGCAUUCAGCAGCGAUCGAAGCCCAACAAAAUGCAAUCCAAUCGCGGUAUUGUGGCACCCGGCUGUGGUUCGGCUUCUAUCAAACUGCCGCUAUCGAAAGGUUCCAGCGCUACGGUUGAUGCAGAAUCGAACACCACCGAUGAAAGCAUGAGCGAAACAGCCGUACUGGACAUAGGCACCGAUAAACGCAAUCACAAACCACCCGGCAGUAGCCACAAAAAGCGUCCAGUUCUUUCCAUACCCGGUGCUAGUGCGGUGGGAAGUGCGACGGCAUCACAAUCGGUUACCUCCAGCUCGGCCGGCAGUGCGAGCGGGUCGGGAACGGUGGCGUUAGAUAUGAGCAAGCUUUCAAUAGCAUCCAACUGAGCCCGGAUUUGGCUGACGAUUACCAUGAGCUAAUGUUGAAACAUUAACUUGAAAUGCGCACCGUGCGCUCGUCAAAUGGCUCUUGCCUCCUUGACUCAGGUUAUGAACCUGAACUUUUUAUGUGCUGAUACAGAAAGUUUAAGUUUACUUCCGUUUCGGUGAAUGCUGCCGAAAUCUGCAAAUGUCUCAGAAGAUCCGAAGACGAUCUGCUCAUCUGAGCGAUGCUGAUUUGUUUUUUUUAAAUCAAAUGCUUUUGACUGAAUUUUUUUCGAAAUGAACUUUUCAAACUCGUGUUGAACGAGCACUUUGAAACAGUUUUGGUGCAAACUGAGAGAAGUAUUUGGACGAAAGAGUGGCUUCGCAAAUUUCUUGAUUCUAGCAAGUCGAUGUGAUUGAAAACACAAAAUGUGAGUGAUUUGCGCAACUUUGAACCGAUUCUUUUUGCAUGUACAAUUCACAUUUAAAACAAUGACAACACAAGUUUCACGAUACAAAAUAAAUUUUAAUUACAAUUGA